CUUGGCCCCCAUCACCAUGACCGGCGCGCGGAACAAAUGUUUCUACUCAGACCUCGCCCGCCGCAAAUCCGCCCUGUCCCUGCUCACCCUCCCGCUCCUCUCCUCGCCAUAACCUCGCUGCAAUGGUUCCUCUUCGGCUACUCGCUUACCUUCUCCGCUAAUUCGUCCCGCUUCCUGGGCGACCUCUCGCGCGGCAUCUUCACCAACAAGCUCGCCGUCCCGGCCCCGGCCUCCCCGCGCAUCCCCGACCUGCUCGUCGCCGUCUACCAGGGCAUGUUCUCGUGCGUGACCGUCGCCUUGGCCACGGGCGCCGUGGCUGAACGGGGGAGGAUACUGCCGUGCGUGGUCUUCAUAUUUCUGUGGGCGACCUUGGGGUACGACCCCAUUGCGUGCGGGGCACAACAGAUAUUCCAUACACAAAACAAGAACUGCCUUAAAAAUUCGAUGUCGCCUGCUCCCUACACCACCGUUUCCUUUGAAUAGACAGGUAUCCCCAGAAAUCACCUAAUACCAAUCA